UGAGGGGAGGGUGGUGGGCGUGGCUCACCUGGGAGAGAGAGAGAGACAAGAGGAAGGACGAGUGAGAGAGUGACAGGCAAACAGAAACUCCACUUUCAGAGCAGAACCAAAGGAAAUGUGUCUCCCUGUGGAUUUGGACCGGAACAAUGAAAACCAGGAAAGGAGGCGGGAUUUUAUCUCGGAACUUUAAAGUUUUACGUCACGCUGAGUCUGACACCUGAGAGCUUACACCAAGCUGGCCAGCAUGGCGUCCACCGCUUCCAACAACACCGUGUGCCAACAGAGCGACACCAUCUGCUUUAUUCGGGAGUACCAGCUGGAAGUGAUCGUGGUCCCGGCGCUGCUCAUCUCAACCACGGUCCUCACCCUGCUGGUCAUCUGUUUGUGUAUGUGCUGCCGUAACCAAGAACGCUCACGAGCAAGACACCGCCACCACAGCUCCAAACACAGACAAACACACACACAACGCCACACACAGGCUCACCACAACACACACCACAACACACACCCCCUCCACCAGCCGAAGACACACCACCACACACACCACCGCAACACUCGACCACAACCUCGCACAAGGACACACAACAACAAACACCACUUGCAUGGAAUAGACGCACCACCGGGAAUAAACCCACUGGAACACGAAGAAGUGCCGAUGACUGUUCAAAACAGGAGACCAACUCAGGCGGCAGUGCCGCUGACGUCCACAGAGAGGCCUCCUGGAGGCUUCGGCCAGGUCACUGCACUGCCCGCAUCGUUCUCCAUGAAACCCAACGACACAGCGAGCCUUUACAGAGGCCGCAUGGACAGCAGAGACGUCGUCUUGAGGAUGCUGAAAGAAACAGCCGACAGCAGAGAGACACAGAACUUCUUGGACUUUGCCUCCUUCCUGAGUGCCCUCGGGCCUCACCCCUUCAUUCCUGCCGUGCUGGGUGUGGUUUCGGUGCAGCGGCCUCUGACGCUGGUGGUGGAGGAGCUGAAGAACAGAGACCUGCUGGGCUUCCUGUGGCGGUGCAGACAGGAGAACUCCGUUCAUGACAUGACGGAGAAGAGGAUUUUCAUCAUGGCCGGACAGGUGGCCACCGCUCUGGAGUACCUGCACAGUAAGGGCUACGUCCACGGUAAGGUGGCGGCUCGCAGCAUCCUGGUUGGAAGCGACCUGACAGCCAAACUGUGGGGCUUAGGCUCAGCUUUCCGCAGAGCCAGGUCCAGUUCAGGGGGGGCGGUGGAGGAUAUGGAGCUCAGGAAGUGGCAGGCGCCCGAGGUUCUGGUCGGGAGGCCCGUCAGUCCGAGCAGCGACGUAUGGUCCUUUGGUAUUCUGCUCUAUGAAAUGGUGACUCUGGGUGACCCACCUUUUGCUGACAUCAUGGCGACUGACCUCGUGCAGUACCUCCAAAGAGGAAACACCCUCAAACGGCCGCCGACAUGCUCCACCUCGCUGUACGCCGUCAUCCGGUCCAGCUGCCACUGGAACCCCCAGCGACGGGCCCCCUUGGCAGAACUGAUCCGAGUCCUUCGGGCCGGAGAGGAAUCAGCCAAUGGGAGGACGGUUCUCAGAGUUCCUGAACCGCACAACUUGGAGCGAUACACGAGGGAGGCGGGAAUCGGACAGGCCUUCAGCUAUGCCGUGCUCUGAUUGGCUGAGACUGCUGUCCACCAGAACGCCC